CGUUUUAACAUUUAAAUCAGAAUCGACCGGCGUGAUGGGGAAACGUGUGCACGCGUUCUGUAUAUCGGUAUACGCGGGGCCAAUGUCCGGGCAGCAUGCUCGAGGCUCCUGUGACCGUUUGUCGAGAAAGAAUACCGGUUUCCCGGGCGUACUGACCACUAUAUCAAGGAAGACCCAUCGGGUUACGAUGCCUCUCACCCGGACCCGCUCAUCAGUCCGAGUCCUGUCGACGAUCCUCGCGUAUUUUUCCAACCUCUCGUCUCCCUCGCAAGGUGCUUGGUACCCGGCCACCAUGGUAACGCGUUACGUUCUCCUAAUCGUGGUUUAUUACACGGCUAUUUGCCUGUCAUUACCGGCGAGUUACGAUCAACGACAGACGGGCGACCUGAACGUCCAGAUUCACCUGAAGGACGUGCAAGUCCUGGCGCUGAUGGACACGGAAUUGCUCGACGAUUACACGGAGUAUGAUUACUUCUAUGAUUACGCCGAUUUCACGGUGAAACCGACCGUCAAGCCCACCACCAGUUCCACGGCGUCCGAGUCCACCACUCAGGUGUCCUCCUCGGUAACCGAGGAGGCUGAUCCUUCGGGGACGUCCGAAUCCGUUCAAAAUUCAACUAUCGCCGACGAGAACAACGAAUUUUUAAUUGGAAAUUCUACCGUCGACGACGCCAUAGUCCCCCCGUCGGCGGACGCUGAGAAAUCAAACGACACCGCCGCGGUGUCGUUGACCGAGAAGCCGGAAGACUCGAUCAACGAGAACGUCACGGUCAAGGCCAGGGUCAACGACAAAACCAGAAACACGUUCGAGGACGAUGAAGAUCCUGCGGAACAGAACCCCGGAGGAUCGUCCACCGACAACCCGACGAAGAAACUAACCAAAAGACGUUGCAAGUCUGGAUACUCGCCGGAUGGAAAGGGUCGUUGUCGUCGAUCGAGUCAUCGUCGACUGUCGUUCAUACCUCUGGCGAUGAGACUAGCGCCGAAACUGUUGGACGACCUGGCGCGCAACGCGAAGAAUCUGGCGCAGGAAGAAGUUCAUUGGAUGCACUCGUACUGAAACGUGCCAUGAAUGUUAUUCGCGAACGACUACACGGAAUCGUAUGCACUAGUAUAAGACGAAUAUCCGUCCUUCGUUAACUUAGGUCGAGUUACGUAUGCGCGCGCCGUUUCGUUGCUUCAUCCUGCAUUUCUAUUGUACCGUACUCUCGCGUUCGAUCUCAUACGAAGUAAUUAUUAUUGUACAUAAUAUAUAAGGA